UGUUUGGUGCCGUGUGCAUUCAGUGUUUAAAUACAAUGAACAAAACAGUAGCGAUGAUCACAAGUACUCCUGUCUUGACAAGGAAUCAUUAUGUGGAAGAUAAUAGUGUUGUGCACGAUUCUGGGUCUGGCGAUCGCCGAGAAGGCCAGAUUUAAUAAUUACAAAGUCUUCAGGCUUAUCCCAACUACAAAGUCGCAGGUCGAAAUUCUGCACGAGUUUGAAGUUUCUGAUGGAUUCUCUUUCUGGGAGGCACCAAGUUUUGUGGGCAAAAAUGUAGAUCUCAUGGUAGCACCACACAAAUUGCCCGAAUUUUACGAAAUAAUGGGUCAACUGGGAAUACCCUAUCAGGUCCAUAUCGAGGACAUUCAGACGCUGAUAGACGAAACGACUCCUCUGACUCGAUCGAAAUCGUUCGAUUUCACCAGCUAUCAUACUCUUGAUGAAAUUUAUAAGAAUCUGGACGACUUGACUGCGCAGUAUGCGAACAAAGUGCAGACCAUUGUAGGCGGCAAGACAUAUGAGGGACGUGAAAUCAAAGGCGUCAAGGUUUCCUUCAAGAAAAAUAAUCCCGGAAUCUUCAUCGAAGGUGGUAUUCAUGCCAGGGAAUGGAUUACUCCGGCAACUACCAUGUACAUACUGCAUCAAUUGUUGGCCAGCAAUGAUUCGGACGUCAGAGCUCUGGCCGAGAGUCACGAUUGGUACAUCUUCCCAUCGUUCAAUCCCGAUGGAUAUGUGUACACACACACCACGAACCGAUUGUGGAGGAAAACGCGUAAGCCUUAUGGUAUUUGUUAUGGCAGCGAUCCCAAUAGAAAUUGGGACUACAGAUGGAAUACUGGAGGUGCCAGCAGCAAUCCAUGUUCCGAAACCCAUGCCGGAAGUGCGCCAUUCUCCGAUAUAGAAACGAAAAGCAUGUCUGAAUAUCUGAAAUCUAUAGACGAUAAAUUUUACGCGUACAUCUCGUUGCAUAGCUACUCGCAGCUAUUAAUGUUUCCUUAUGGCCACACAACAGAUCAUCUUGAGAAUUACGACGAAUUGUAUGCUAUCGGUUCCAAAUCAAUUGAAGCUCUCAAACAGAGAUACGGAACAGAGUAUGUGACAGGAAAUAUUGCCGAGACGAUCUAUGUAGCCACCGGAAGUACUGUGGAUUACAUAAAAGGCGUUCAUAAAAAAGUCUCCUACACCUAUGAAUUGCGUGAUCAGGGUCGUUAUGGCUUCUUAUUACCUCCGAAACAAAUUAUUCCGACUGGAGAAGAGACUUUGGAUUCUCUCGUAGCUAUGUUUAAAGAAGCCAAAAAACGUGGACAUCCUAAAAGAAUUUAAACUAACUUAAUUGAUUGUAAAUAUAAUGUUUUAUGUGUUGUCGAUAAUGUAAAUUUUUAUUGUGUAAAUUACUGAUUUAUUAUAUUACUUUGUAAUCAAUUGACGAUAAUAAAUUUUGGUAUUUUAAUUUUUAA